AUGGUGAUGGCGGCGAGAUAUGGGUUGGUGUUGGUUUUAGCCGGGUUUUUAUUGCCGGCGGCGGUAUUUUUGUGUGUAGAAGGAAUUGGGAUGAAGAUGCAGCUGGAAAGGGCUUUUCCGACUAGUCAUGGGGUCCCACUCAGCCAACUCAGGGAACGUGACCGGCUCCGGCAUGGCCGGUUCUUGCAGCAAUCUUCUCCGAAUGGGGUGGUUGAUUUCGCCGUUCAAGGCACCUUCGACCCUUUUGCUGUUGGGCUAUACUACACAAAGGUUCUACUUGGUUCCCCUCCAAAGGAAUUCUAUGUGCAGAUUGAUACUGGUAGUGAUGUUCUUUGGGUUGGUUGUAAGUCUUGCAAUGGUUGCCCAACGUCAAGUGGACUCCAAAUCUCCCUUGAGCUCUUUGAUCCAUCAGGCUCACCAACAGCUAAUUUGAUUUCAUGCUCAGACCAAAGAUGUUCGCUUGGUAUUGAGUCUUCAGAUUCUGGCUGUUCUGAUAACAAUCAAUGUGGUUACACAUUCCAAUAUGGAGAUGGUAGUGGGACAUCAGGGUUUUACGUGUCAGAUUUGAUGCAUUUUGAUACUGUAGCUGGGAGUGCAGUAACGUCGAAUUCUUCUGCUUCUGUUGUCUUUGGCUGUAGCACGACACAGACUGGGGACUUAACCAAGUCUGACAGAGCAGUUGAUGGGAUUUUUGGGUUUGGACAGCAGAGUUUGUCUGUGGUCUCGCAACUUGCUUCACAAGGAGUGACACCAAAUGCCUUCUCUCAUUGCUUGAGUGGGAAUAACAAUGGUGGUGGUAUUUUGGUUCUGGGUCAGGCAAUUGAGCCAAAUAUAGUUUACACACCACUUGUUCCAUCAGAGCCUCAUUAUAAUCUGAAUAUGGUCAGCAUUUCUGUAAAUGGGCAAUCAUUGCCCAUCGAUGCAUCAGUAUUUCAAACUUCAAACAACCGAGGAACAAUUGUUGAUUCUGGAACCACUCUGGCAUACCUUGCAGAAGAGGCAUAUGAUCCUUUUGUCAAUGCAAUUAAUGAAUUUGUUUUACAAUCUGUUAGAUCGUUUGUUUCAAGGGGAAACCAAUGUUACCUAGUCACUUCGAGUAUCUCAGAGACAUUUCCCCAAGUUAGUUUGAACUUUGCUGGUGGUGUGUCAAUGAUAUUGAGUCCUCAGGACUACCUUUUGCAGCAGAACUCCAUCAAUGGUGCAGCAGUUUGGUGUAUUGGUUUCCAAAAAAUUCAGGGUCAGGGCCUGACAAUUUUAGGAGACCUUGUCCUCAAAGACAAAAUUAUCGUGUACGAUUUGGCUGGCCAACGGAUUGGAUGGGUUAACUAUGACUGUGCAUCAUCGAUUAACGUCUCGACGGCCACAGGUUGUUGCUGUGAUGGUGGAAUUCUUGUAGCUACAGGACCACUGUUUUACUUGAUCUCUUCUGUAGAAGUACCAUUUGACUUCAUUUCUUGUUAUUACCCCUUUUUGUACUUCAGUGAUUAG